UCCUCAUUGAUAAAAACAAGGUGAAUCAUCAAAAGCAGACUCCAAAACCCUGCUGCCCUCUUUUCCCUUCGUGUUUAAGCAAAAAUCUCACUCAAAAAUCCUUACCUUCAAGCUCCCAUGGCUGCUAACAACGAGGUGAAAAAGCGAAAGCUUGUCAAGAAGGCACCAGAUUCCAUUGCUACGCCCUCUAAAAUCAACAAGAAUCAGCCGCAGCAGCAGCAAAAAACACCCAAAUCCAAUUUUUCUAACCCACCCAAUUCCGAUUCCGAUUCCGAUUCCGACUCCGACCCAUUACCGGUGAAAAUUCAGAAACUUCUCGAACCUUUCUCAAAGGAUCAACUGGUUUCCCUAGCGGUGGAUACCGCAGCUGCUCUCCCUGCUUUUUACGAGCUUAUCCAGUCAAACGCUGAUAAAGACAUCAGCCACAGGAAAAUCUUCGUUUAUGGGUUGGCGCGUGAGACCACGCGUCCGGCGCUGCUGUCCGUCUUUGAACCGUAUGGGGAGAUUGAGGAAUGCAACGUUGUGAUGGAUCAUGCUACUGGAAAGGCUAAAGGGUAUGCUUUUGUUCUGUUUAAAACUAGGAAAUCAGCUGCGAAAGCGCUGAAAGAGCCUCAGAAGAUGAUCAACAAUCGUUUGGCUUCGUGUAAGUUGGCUUCAAUGAAAGAGACUGCUGUUUCUGGGACUAAUGAAUUUGGUAACCGGAAGAUCUAUGUGAGUAAUGUGCCGAAGGAUGUGAAUUCAGAGAAAUUGAGGAGCUUUUUUGCUAAGUUUGGGGAAAUUGAGUCUGGACCAAUGGGAUUUGAUCCAUCAACUGGGAAAUCAAAAGGGUAUGCUUUGUUUGUGUACAAAACUGUGGAGGCGGCGAAGAAAUGUCUGGAAAAACCCUCUAAGAUUUUUGAGGGGAGGCAAUUGCAUUGCAAGAAGGCGGCUGAGGGAAAAGUUGGUGGUGGAGCGGCUAGUAUCACCACGGAGGUUGUACAGCAGUCACUGCUGGCAAUGCCACCAGGGCAAGGUGUGUAUGCUCCAGUUGCUGCUGGUCACAGUAUGGGGAUGUUGGGUCAGAACGCGGAUGUGCCGAUGAUGAAUCCGUUUUAUGGUGGAGUACUUGCUAAUCCGUAUGGAGCGUAUGGGAAUCCAUUCGUAGGAGUUGGUGGUUUCGGGCAGCAAAUGGGUGGUGGAAUGGGGAUUGCAGCAGGAUAUGGUGGGAGGUUAGAUGGUUUAGGUGGGGGUGUUUCAGGUUUAGGGGCUUAUGGUGGUGCUGGUAGCAGCACAGGUGGGUCUACUGGGGGUUUAGGGGCAUAUGGUGGUGUUGGUAGCAGCACAGGUGGGUCUACUGGGGGUUUAGGGGCAUAUGGGGGAGUUGGUGGCAGCACAGGGGGUUCUACUGGGGGUUUAGGGGCAUUAUGGUGGUGUUGGUAGCCGCACAGGGGGUUCUACUGGGGGUUUAGCGGCAUAUGGUGGUGUUGGUAGCCGCACAGGUGGUUCUACUGGGGGGUUAGGGGCAUAUGGUGGGGUUGGUAGCAGCACAGGUGGUUCUACUGGGGGUUUAGGGGCAUUAUGGUGGUGUUGGUAGCCGCACAGGGGGUUCUACUGGGGGUUUAGGGGCAUAUGGUGGUGUUGGUGGCAGCACAGGUGGUUCUACUGGGGGAGUGGUGCCCGGCUUAUUGCAGCUCUACAAGCAGGUUGGCCAACCUUCAUCUGCAAAGCAUCCGGGAAGCAGUGGCUACCCGUCGCACUUCAGAUGAACAACGCCUGACCAUGAUGAAACGAAGUCAUUGAAGCAUCUGAUGAGUGUCUAAGGGUCAGUCUUUGUCAGUGGCUUGGGUUUUAUCGGAUUUGUAGCGAUAUGUUUCUUAUAUCUUUACUUUCAUACAAUCCAUACUUCUUACUGAUAAGCCAAGUUCCUAUAGAACUUGCUAAGAUAAUGCCGUAUGCAUUACCCUUCUCUUUGGUGGAUAUAUUCCUUCUAGACUUGUUUUGAAGUGGAUUUGUCAAAAAAAAAAAUCUUGCUCUUAUAUUUGCUCCAA